GGCAGUUGGCCUGGAAUGUGGAUUUGCAUGGCCUGGUUUUGCAAAGUGGGGCAGCUGGUGUCCGAUUGAGGGGGAAAUUAUAUCUCUGCAUGUGCCGUGGUUAAGAUUCUUGUCUCCCUGGACCCAGUUUCGCCAUGGAUGCCAACAGCUCAGGGUCCCCAGCCAUCCCUGCUAUUGUGACUGACACGCUCACUAAUGGAGACCAACGAACACCAUUAGAGACCAGAAGGCAGCUAGAAGCCGCCAGCAGCCCUCUGCCAUUAGACGCAGUUGCCAAAGAGGAGAAGGAUGAGCACAGAGAGGAGAAGGAUGGCCAAGGAGCCAAGGAGCAGGAGCAGAAGAACGCCAAGCAGACCCAGGGAGCCGAUAGCGAAAUGGAGAAGAUGCGCUUAGACUUUGAGCUGACCCUUCUGAAGCGCCAGCACGAGGAGAACGACAAGCAGCGGCAACACGAGGAGAAGAUGGAGAACAUACGCCAGCACUUGCCGUGCAGAACGCCUGGCCAAGGGGACGAGGAGCAGCUGGGGAGCAAGUUGGACCCCAUCACGGAAAUUGAGCUGGAGAAGAUGCGCAUGGAAUUUGAGCUGGCUAAGCUGAAGCAAAUCUCCGAGGAGAAUGAGCGGCAGCGGCAGCACGAGCGGAAAAUGUACGAGGAGAAGGAGAAGCAGCGGCAGCAUGAGGAAACCAUGGAGAAGCUGCGCCUGCGGCAAGGAAAUAUCCGAGUGCUGGGCCCGAAGGCGACGGGGAGCAAGGCGGAAGCCGCAGCCGAGUCGUUUUCUGAGACCUUUGGUGAGGUGGGGAAGAUGAGGAUAGAGCUACAGCUGGCCAUGGAAGUCUACUUGCCAGAUGUGACUGAAAAGAAGCCCCACUCUGAGCCUAGUGGGCAACAGGAAGGCCCGAAGCCUGAACAGCCGCUGGAGAAGAUCCUGGAGGCAGGAAGGCCUCCAGUGCCACCAGAACAGAAGACCGACGAGGUGACUGAGCACCUGGGUCUGCAGGUGCCCCGCAUUGUGGUGAGCGGAGCAGAGUCGGAGUGGUCGAGCAGCAGGUUGGACUUAGCCAUCGAGACCGAGCUGGAGAAGAGGAGGAUGGAGUUUGAGCUGACGAGGCUCAAAUACGAGCACGAGGAGAACGAGAGGCAGCGGCAGCAUGAGGAGAAGAUGGAGCAGCUGCGCCAGCAGCAGGCGCCACCCAAGGAGUCUGAAUGAGGAACCUGUGCCCUGUCUAUUGGCUUCCUUCCUUCCAUAGGCUGGGCUAUCAGCGAAUACACACAGAAUGUCUCUCCCUUAUAACUUUGAACCUCUGCUCUGCAUUGCCUGUAGUAUAUUAUACUU